AUGGAUCGCCUUGGUAAGAAGAGGAAGGGGAUUGAGAUUGCAGUUUCUUGUCGGAAAGAUAUUGAGGAGCAAACUUGGUCAGUCCUUAGGCCGCAUUUGUCACUAGAAGAUUGUUCGAGAAGGAAAAAGAAGUGCAAAGAAGGAAUAGUUUCAAAAGUUGCAGACUCAAGCAGAAGUGUUGUUAAUGGAGUUGUCACCGCCCCAGCAUGUGGGAUUACUGGUUCAGAAUGUUCGGGUAGAGGUCUUAAGAGAAAGAUCGGUUGUAUUGAUGUUGCCACUCAGUUGGGCCGGAAGAAGAAGAUUGACCAUGAUUACGAGCUAGUGAAAACCAUAGGACAUGGGAAGUUUGGGUUAGUGAUCUUAUGUCAGAGCAAGGUAACUGGGGAGGAGUUUGCAUGCAAGACUUUGGAUAAAGGGGAGGGGAUUGUGCACCGUGAAGUGGAGAUAAUGCAGCACCUCUCUGGGCAUACGAGUGUCGUGACGCUGAAGGCAGUCUACGAAGAUGCUGAAUCUUUCCAUCUUGUGAUGGAACUAUGCUCUGGCGGACGCUUACUUGAUCAAAUAGCCAAAGAAGGCCUAUAUUCUGAGCAGAAGGCUGCUAACAUUAUUAAGGAAUUGAUGAUGGCCAUUCGGUACUGCCACAAGAUGGGUGUUGUUCACCGAGACAUAAAGCCUGAGAAUAUCCUUCUUACUGCCUCUGGUCAAAUGAAGCUUGCAGACUUUGGGUUGGCUGUCAGAAUCUUGGAUGGUCAGAGACUGUCAGGUGUUGUUGGAAGUCCUUCUUAUGUUGCUCCUGAGGUCCUUGUGGGUAAUUAUUCGGAGAAAGUGGAUAUCUGGAGUGCUGGGGUUCUUCUCCAUGCACUAUUGGUGGGUGUACUUCCAUUUCAAGGGGAUUCAUUAGAAGCUGUGUUUGAAGCUAUCAAGAAAGAAAAACUAGAUUUUAGGUCCAAUUUGUGGAAUUCUGUAUCACAGCCUGCUCGUCAACUGCUCUCUAAAAUGCUUACAAGGAGUGUUUCUGCAAGGCUUACUGCUGAUGAGGUUUUGAGACAUCCAUGGCUUUCUUUCUACACCAAAUUGUCAAUAAGGACUGCUCCAACUCCUAAGCCAAUUAACCAUUUACAUCUGACUUCGAUGCAACUUUCUUGUUUUUGUGGACUGCAUUCUGAGAGAAAAAAGAUAUCAUGUGGUAGUCUCAGUGACGACUCUUGUCAAACAUUAGCUUUUGCUCAUUCAGCUGGUGGUGUUGUUGAAGAAGAUGAUGGCUUGAUUGACAUGUUAGCUGUAGCUAUUUCCCGUGUUUGUAUAUCCGCUCCAAAAAGGAGCCGGAUAUGUAGUCCCCCACAGCCAACCCAACAAGAAUGCUCAUCUAACUUGAAGACUAGCAACCUCUGUACAGCAUUUUGACCACACUGGCCUUUAACUGGUAUGGUCUACCUGCUGCCUUUAACUUGGAUGAAGCUAUAGGUUAUGCUAAUGAUGCCUUGCUACCAUAGAAACUAUGACCGUGACUAGAGGAAUAUGUUGAACUAACUUCUUAUGUACUUGAUCUUGACUGCUGAUCGGAUACUAGCUAUGGAUCUUAGUCUUACCCAUCCUCGUAAACAUGACUGGAUCGAUUUUCAUUUAUAUAAAACCAUGCUUGCUAGUUA